AUGAUUUGUUCAAAUAUUGUAAAUGAAUCAACAGACAAAUAUGAAGAAUAUAUUGAAGAUGAAAGAGAAUAUGAAAAGGAUUUGAAAGAAUUAAUUUGUUCACAUGAUUUAUUAAUGAAAGAUUUGAAAUCUUUUCUCUUAAAAUUAUCAAUCGAUGAAUUAAUUAAUUUAAUUAAAUAUAUUUAUGAAUUCAAAAUCAAAUAUGAUCAUAUUCAAUAUCAAAUAAAUUUUAUUCAAAAUCAAAUCAAUUCAAAUAAACAACAAUUAAAUUUAAUAAAAAAUCAAUUUUUUAUUUCUAAUAUUCAACAAUUAAAUAAAGAUAUCCAACAACUUAAAUUAGAUUUACAAGAGAUUUUAUCUCAAGAAAAUAGAAAUAUUUUAUCAAAUAAUUUAACAAUUGAAAAAGUAAAUCAUACAUCAAAUUUAGAUAUCAAUGAAAAACAUUUUCCUCUUAUUCAAUCAGAAGAUGAAGAUGAAGAAGAAGAAGAAGAAGACGAAGAAUUAGUAGCUUUUGUUAAUUCUGAUAGUACAUUACGAAUAAAUCAAAAGAUUCGUUUAUCAAAUAAUAUUGUUCGUUGGUUACGAGGUCCAAUAAAAGUAAUGCUUGAUGGUACAAUGCAUGCAGUUGAUGUAUGUGCACAAGGUACACAUAUUAGUGAUAGUGCUUUACAAGCUGUUAAACAAGGUUUAGAUAAACAAAAAAUGACUCUCUCAAAAGAAGAAGAAGAAGAAGAAGAAGAAGAAAUUGUAAAUAAUUCAAUGAAAUAUCCAUUUAUUGAAAUAACAUCGGAAUGGAAAUUUCAAGAAGAAAAUUCCGAUCGUGGUUAUAGUAGUCCAUCGAUAUGGAUGAUAAAUAAGAAAAAUAAAAUGAGAUUUUUAUUUAAAAUUCAAGAACUUCCAUUAUGUGCUGCGAAUGAAUGGUUAGCUUAUGUUUUAGGAAGAUAUCUUGGUUUACCUAUAAAUCAUGUACAAAUUUCAAUUUAUGAAAAUAAUUUAAUUACAAUACAUAAAGAUGUUGGAAAAUAUAAUGAAAAAACAAUAACAUUUAUGGAUUUACCAAAACAAAAAAGACGAACAAUAUUAACUUAUCCAAUCAUUGAAUCUAUGGAUUUAUUUGAUAAAAUUAUUCAAAAUGUUGAUAGAAAUCCACGAAAUAUUUUAAUAACAAUAUUAAAAAAAAAUCAUAUUAAUGAUGAGAAUAUUAAAUUAAAAAUACAUUUUAUUGAUCAUUCAUCUUGUUUUGGUAUGGGUAAACUUAAUGGGAUUAGUGUUGUUGCUUCGAAAUUUCAUAGUAAUCAUCUUGCUGUUGUCAAAUUUGAUCCAAUACAUAAAUCAAAACAAUUUGAAAAAUAUCUUAAAAAACUUCCAAUUGAAGAUCGUCCUCUUAUAAGUAAAACAUUACAUCGUUUUGCAACAAUAACUGAUUAUCAAUUUGAUAGUUGGAUUAAUCAAAUAAAAGAUUUAUUAUCAAUUAGUCAAUAUAAUAGAAUACAAAAUGUUUUAAGAAAACAAAGAGAUAUUGCCAAAUUUUAUUCUAUACAAUGGGGAUUUUCAAAUAUGAAAUAA